GAUGUCCCUUUACAGGUUCCGUAAAAAAAAAAAAGAAAAAAAAAUUAAGCUGAAAAUAUUUACGUUUAUAUUUGAAUUGUGGAGAGUUUCAGACACUUUAAUUAAUUACACAUAUAUAUUUCAGCUUGAAUUUUUUCAAGUUGUUUUAUUGGGAUUUCAAAUCUUUAUGGCCCUAAUUUGGCUCCAAAGAUUCUCCCUAAAGCCGCUUAAUCAUAACUAAAAGACUACGAAUGUUUUUAAAAUAGAUCAAACACCAUCAAAAUGAAACUUUAAAACCUUUUCAAUAUUUUUCUUUUAUUAUUUUCUACCAACUUCCAGAUGCAGCAUGCCAUCCUAAGUUAGGAGGGAAAGGUAAACUAAAUUCAAGGACACGAUCAGCAAGUUAUCUGGAAAAAUCAGGAGAUGAAUGUUUUUGACAUGCAAGCUAAAGUAUUAACAGCACAAAUCCAGGUGUUCCCUGAAUGUACACAGUGCCUACCAGCCAGCUCAAGUACACACAGCGUAAGUCUGGAAGCACAUUCCUCUCCACACCACAAAGCCACCAUGUCCCAGAUGAGCAUCUGCUGAAUACACAGAGAAAACGGGUAUCAAUCUUCCAGUUGAAGGCAGUAAACAACUCCAUCUCCAAGUAACUGCAGUAAAUAACUGAUUUUUUUUUUUACUCCUACAUGCUGCUAGGCUGGGGCAGGAAUCUUGGACAAAUGUCUUAAACCUGAUGUCCAAAAAUUCAGCGUUCUCUCUACAUGUUGCAGCAUUGUGUCUGCAGCGUUAACUCCUUCUCGCCACUGCCCUUUUGCACCUUGCUCGACCCCCCCUCCCCUUUUCUCCUCUGCCCUCCACAUGCACACAAACUGAAACUUUCUCUGUCCUACACCCCCCCUCCUUCCAUCCCUCUUUCUGCUCCCUCCUUCCCAGCUCUGAAGUAUAAGAGCCAGACAGGAGCGAGCACACACAAAAUUCGACUGCUCCCGUGCGUGCAUGCACACACAUCGAGAGCAGCGGGAAGGGAGAAAUAUCCAGUCUCAGCUGAGGAUUUUUAUUUCUUCUUUUUUUUUAUUUUUUGUCAACCAUGAAAUCAAAUAAUUUCAAGUAGAGGAGAGGAGAACUUGCAUCUGGCUGAAGUGGAUUUUUUUUCUUUUUCUUUUAAGGGAUUACUGGACUCUUCAUGGAUGAGUUCUUGUCAUGGUGUGAUCAUAUUUUGAUUUAAAGCAUCCCAGUGACGCUCAGCUUUGUUUAAAUGACGUCUGUGGAAGCAGGAACCAUGUCAAACAGCUGUUUCAGUGGCCUGUUGAGAGGGGUCUGGCUGCUCUGGCAAGCUGUGCUUGUGGUUGGAAGAGGCAGCGAUCCUUGGGAGGUGCCCCCACAUCACUUCAGCACCUCCUCCAAUCUCAGUGAGAGUCUGCAGUGGGAGCCACACUGCCAGUACCGCCAUCUACAGGACAGAGUCAAAGUUACCACAGACAUUCCUCCAAAGCUGGAAGGCACCUGGGUGUCGACAAGAUGUGAAGUUCGGCCUGGCCCACAGUUCCUCACUCGCUCCUACUCCUUCCAGCCCAACCGCCACUUCCAUGCCCUGCAGCACUACUACUCCGACAGCAGCUGUGGAGACCCAGCAUACUCCCUUCUGAUCAGGGGCAAGAUCCGUCUGCAGCAGGCCUCCUGGAUCACCCCCGGGGGCACUGAGGCUGAACAUCAUGUCACCAAGGUGGGCAUUGUGGUCCACAGCAUCUCAGCAAAGCAGACACUGGCUGCGAGGCUGCCUCAGACGUGCACAGACGUGAGUCUCGACAGAGUUGAGCCAGGGAAGCUGUUUGAGCUCUUCAACACACGAGCGGGACGAGGAUGCCUGGCCGCUCUGGGAUUCUCUAUGAUGGAGAUGAGUUUGGUUCGAGUGCAGACUCAGCACCACAGCCAUGGGGGGAAGGUCCAGGAGUUGUUUUUGGGGGAUAUUCACACAGACUGGAUUCAAAGAACGCUACACAGACCUACAGGGUACCAGCAGCCACUGCAGAAUGCCAUGCAUCACAUCCACCCCUGCCCUGUGUGUGCUAUGGUGUACCGCUCCUCAGAGAAGCGUCCUCCAGUCUUGCCCCGAAGCCCCGCCCUACCUCUGUCCCUGGAUGGUCGCUGGGUGAGCCAGAGGUGUGAAACUCGGCCCAAUGUCCUCUUCCUGACCCGGGAUUUUACCUUUGAUUCUGGGCGACAAGCCUGGGAAGGCAUCUACAGGCACUACUCUGACCCCGCCUGCUCACAACCCACUUUCACCCUCAGGGCCUUUGGCCAUUACGCUCAGGGAAACCCCUCCGCCAAGAUUUUGGGAGCAUCCGAGUUUGCCUUUAAGGUAUCCGAGGUGAGAGUCACAGCCAUGGACAAGGACAUUGUGAAGCUGCUGAACAAAACAAGACCAGGAAAGUGCGGUCUAGCAGGAGGCUGGGAGGAGGGGGCGGAGCAGGAUUUGACUCCGACGGAUGGGUGCACUGUGCUGGGCAUCAAGCUGCCACAUAAAGAGUAUGAGCUCCUAAAGAUGGAGCUGGAUCACAGGAAACAUCUGCUGCUGUUCACCGGAGAGAGACCGACAGACGGGACCAGUCCUGACAGACCGCUUCGACGACCCACAUCCUUUCAGGCUCCCAUGGUGCUUUGCAGUGGCGGGGACGUGCAGUUUGCUCACUCAGGGAAGCAAUUAAAGUUAUCCAGCGGGGCGGAGAAGGUGACACAAGUGGUGCUGCUGUGGUUUGCAUCUGUGCUGUGCAGCAGGCUCUGUGUCUAUUAAAGACAAACCUUUUACACUGCUGCAGUCAGUCAUGAACAUUGUUUUCUGCUGCGUUGCAUUCCUCUUUAACGGACACACAUGUGGGGGUGGAGAAACAGAAGGGUUCUUCAAGACUGAUAAGGGGCUUUGGGUUCUUCUUUUGGGUCCCCUUGUAGUUUGCUCCUUUCUACUCACCAUUAAGAUGUGAAGCAAAAAAGUUGAACUCAAAUAUUAGUCAGAUCAGUUAAAGCCCAUUAAAACAAAGAUACAAAUAAUUUAAUGUAGCAGCUUCAGUUUUUAAUCCUGUUUUAAUAAAAUAACAGGAUCUUUGUAAAACAGUAGCAUCCAUUGCCACAAACUUUUCAGUUGACUCAUCUGUCAGAUGCAUCUCAAAUUUUGCACUUUGUUUUUCUUCUUUUUUAAUUGACAUACUGGACAAACGCAAAGCCAUAUAGAAAAG